AUGCUACUCGCCAACUUGUUCGUCUAUGUCCGGGAAUAUGCACCGUGGCUGAUCCUCAGCUUCAUCGCAGUGUACCUCGUCAACAAUAAAUUCUGUCAGGGGAUAAAUCAUAUACCAGGUCCAUGGCUCGCGGGAUUCAGUGAUGUUUGGAGGCUUCUCCUUGUCUGGGGCAGAAGACCCGAAGUCGCGCACCGAUUGCUCCAUGCUAAAUAUGGGCCGCUUGUCAGAAUCGGACCUCGAACAGUUAUCGUGGGCGAUCCAAAUGCCAUAAAGACCAUAUACGCCCUCAAUGCAGGGUUCGUAAAAUCAGGAUUCUACCCAGUCCAGAUGACGGUAGCGAACGGUCGUGAACUCCACAGCAUGUUCAACACUACAGAUGAAGUCUUCCAUGCCAAGCUUCGACGCGCAGUGUCAAACGCUUACGCAAUGAGUACACUUGUCAAGUUUGAGCCUUUGGUGGACUCGACUACCGAAGCAUUUGUGAAGCAACUGAAGCAACGUUUUGCUGAUCGGCAGGACGACUCGGGGAUUUGCGAUCUCGGCACAUGGCUUCAGUAUUACGCUUUCGACGUCAUAGGGGAGCUCACAUUUUCUGCAAGAAUCGGAUUUGUAGAUCGUGGACUUGAUGUAGACAGCAUCAUUGGAGACUUGGAAUGGCUUUUGAACUAUGUUGCGGUUGUGGGACAGAUUCCGUGGCUGGAUCGACUCCUUUUGAAGAACCCUGUGCGGAUGCUCUUCAGCAAGUAUAAUCUCUUCAAAGCAACAAGCUCGGUCGCAGUUUUCGCAAGACAGAGAAUGUCGGAGAGGCAAAUGAAACCCGCCGAGGACAGUACAUUGUCAUCGAAGGACUUCCUGUCGCGAUUUAUGGAUGCGAACAAAAAGGACCCUACUUUCAUCAGCAAGGACCGCGUCCUAGCCCUAACAGUAGCGAAUUGUUUUGCUGGAAGCGAUACUACAGCUAUCACGCUUCGCGCAGUGUUCUAUUAUCUCCUCAAAAACCCUAAAAGCAUGGAAAAGUUGUUGGCAGAAAUCAGCGAAUUCGAGGGGUUGGUGUCCUGGGAGCAAAGCCGCGAUCUUCCGUAUCUGAGCUCAGUCAUCAAAGAAGCCUUGCGGAUUCAUCCCGCGGUGGGUCUUCCUCUUGAGCGAAUAGUACCUGCUGGUGGGAUCUCAGUGUGCGACACUUUCAUUCCCGGCGGAACUAUCAUAGGCUGUUCGGCGUGGGUCGUACACAAGGACCAGAGAGUUUUCGGGGAAGAUGCCGAUCAGUGGAGGCCAGAACGCUGGCUAGAAGGGGGGGCCGAGAAACAGUCUUUGAUGAACAGCAUGUUGUUUUCUUUUGGCGCAGGGUCAAGAACUUGCAUUGGAAAGAACAUUAGCCUGUUAGAGAUGCACAAACUUGUGCCAACUCUGCUCAAGACAUUCAAGCUUGAACUGGUAGGCUCCGAACAAUCCUGGACAUUGCACAACGCCUGGUUUGUGAAACAAAAUGAUUUUCGGGUACGACUCAAAGAACUAAGACAAUAA